AUGCUCGCUGCCCAAGCCGCCCUCCUCCUUGCCGGCCUUUACGGCGGGACAGUCGUCGCGCAAGAACAUGGAGAGGACUACGCCAAAACCAUGGGCCCCGUUGCCUUCUUGUGGCCCUCUGAUAGAAUCUGGGAUGCAGCCCAUGACAACAGCGCUCCUUGUGGCACGCCAUCAGGAGUGACGGACAGAACCGAAUUCCCCCUGCUCAAUGGUCAAGUUGCAUUGGUGGCACAGGACGAGUCUUACUCGAUUCAGGUUGCCGUCUCUUACAAAGACAACCCGACGUCGAACGAUGAUUUCGAGACGGUGAUUGCAUCACAAAGAAUUCCCUCUUUGGCAGAAGGACACCAGUGCUACCCGCUUCCCAGCCCACCGGCAGAUGUCGAGGCGGGUGCGAAUGCGACCGUGCAGAUCAAGUACAUUGCGGAUUUCGACACGGAUGAGAGCCAAACCUUCUAUGCUUGUGCAGACAUAACCUAUGUCCCCACCAGCGCAUUCACUUACCAAGUCCCUUGCUUCAACGCCACAGUUGACGACUAUAGCAUUUCUGACAACACCGGGGAUGAUUCUGCUGAUGCGACCACUGGCGCGGGUGCGGCCGGGGCCUCUGCCACCGCAGCUGUCACCACCGAGACCUCGGACUCAUCCUCAUCGGGACUUUCUGGCGGUGCUAUCGCAGGCAUUGUCGUUGGCGUUGUGGCCGGCGUCGCUGUCAUCAUCGCUGCCGGAUUUCUCUUGUGGCGCCGUAGCCAAAUCAAAAAGCGAGCUCGUCAGCAGGCCGCCUCGGUCCGCGCUGUUGAUUGGGAGAAGCCUAUGCAAGAAGCUCGAGCCACCGCAUAG